AUGAGGAAAUUGAUCAUUCUUCUGUGCAUUUCUGCUCACACCGGGCAAUCCUACUGUCAGCUGAUCAGACCCAAUGUGAUUUACGAGAGUGUCAUCAAGGGAGUGCAUGAUUAUUACAAUAACACGUGUAUUAUUCUGCUUCACGCUACUGAAGAUCCCAUCGAGUCGCAAGAGGAGAGUGAAAAUCUCCAGCGUCUCCAGGCCUAUCUCAGCAAAGCCUACAUCCGCACAGCAGUUAUGCAAAUAUCAACGUUUAUAGACCGAGUUGGUGGUAGUUACUACCACAUUAAACGACCGUUGUUUGUCCUGCUAAACGAUGACGACGACGUGAGGAACCAAUUUGCAUUUGAAAUUGCCCCCUGGAUUGACAUGUCCUAUCCAAACUGGCUCGUCUUCCUGAGACCGGAGACCUCGAUUGAGGGCUUCUUCGAUAAGAUUUAUGUACAGUUCGACUGCACAAUGAUGGUGUCCCAACCGGAUGGGAAUUUGGAGAGCCCAGGGGAAAUUAUUACCGAAGUUUAUCAGAUCGAUAGGGGGGAGAAGUUGAGGACUGGAUUAUUCGCCACCUGGAGCAGAGAGACGGGAAUUAAAUUACCACGGUGGAGUCUUUAUCAGCGGAGGAGUGAUCUCCAAGGACACUUGUUUCGGGUUAUGUCCAUAGAAGAUCCACCUCAAUCGAUGAUACGACGCGACGACAACGGACAAGUGACGGGACUCGGGGGAUUUUUCGGGGGACUGAUGGACCUCCUCCAGGAGAGCAUGAACUGCACACUCGUUUAUCUGGAAACAAAUGAAUGGGGGUAUCUGAGGGGUAAUGGCACGUGGACUGGGGCUGUUGGCUCGCUUAUUGACAAUACCUCCGACAUUGUUGCAGCUGAGCUCAUCAUGACGAGGGACAGAGUCGAUGCCAUCAAAUUUACAACGCCUGUCUACUCGACGAAGAUUCGAACGUACAUUAAGAGACCUUCGCUGUCGGCAUUGAAAUGGGGCGCCUAUUUCAUCCCCUUUGAGCCCAGCGUGUGGGUUGCGAUCGUAGUUAUGAUUGUCAUCACCACCGCAACUAUUUCUCUCGUGAACUCUGCUAUAUCACUAUUUGCUAGACAGUGGAAGGACAAUGACGAUUGUCCCACUAAUGUUCCAGACAUAUUCUUCGCGGUAUUCGGGGUGUUUUGCAGUCAAGGAAUGUCAGCCUCGAUACUAGAUCCAAUCCGAAUAUCUCAUUUCGUGAUACAUCUGACAGGAGUAAUAAUCCUCGCCGCCUAUUCCGCAGCUCUGAUUAGUGCCCUAGCGGUGAAAACAUUCGUGCUCCCUUUCACAACCAUGGACGGCCUCUUGAAGGACAACACGUACAGAUUCGGAGUCGUCAGAGAUUCCGCCGACUACAGUUUCUUUCAGAACACAACAGACGAAAUACUCGGAGUACUAUUCGACAAACUCCUGGUGAAGGAGAAGGAGUUGCCGAAUAAUUACUUGGAGGGAUUAUCACUCGUGUGUAACGAGGACAAGUAUGCAUUUAUGACAGUGGAUAAUGCAGUGACACAACUUCAGUCUGAGGUUGGAUGUGUUCUAGUGCCACUUGACACAAUAUCACAGACGUCAAUUGCUUUUGGACUCAGGCCAGGGAGCCCUUACCGAGGGAUUUUAGACAGCCAUCUUCUGUUACUGAGAGACAGUGGAGUCAUGCAGAGAUUAUUAAACUCUCACUGGGCAAUGACUGGAGACAACGUGGAGGGAGGCUGGGAGUCUGUAGAGAUCGGAGACAUCCUCCCCCUAGCAGUGAUGCUCCUCACCGGUAUAUUCAUGGGCUUCAUGAUCCUCAGUAUCGAGAAAUUAGUGAAGAGAAAUGCGAAAAUAAUAAAAAAGGAGAAGAAAAUAGUAAAAAAAUUCUUGAAGAAUGCAAAGUUCCUGUCCGGCCAACUGAAUCAUGUCAAAAAAUCCAACAAGUAG